AUGCGGCAGGUUGACAAGCACGAGAAGUAUCUUGGUAUCCCCUCUAUCUCUGGUAGGUCAAAGAAAGUAAUAUUUGACUCACUAGUAGAUAGAAUUUGGAAGAAACUCCAAGGUUGGAAAGAGAAGUUGUUAUCUAGAGCUGGGAAAGAAAUUUUGCUGAAGUCUGUUAUCCAGGCCAUCCCUACUUAUCUUAUGGGUGUUUACAAAAUUCCGUGUAUGGUUAUCCAGAAGAUUCAGUCAGCUAUGGCUCGAUUUUGGUGGGGAAGCUCAGAUUCGCAAAGAAAGGUUCAUUGGAAGAGUUGGGAUUCUAUGUGCACCUUGAAAUGCUUGGGAGGCAUGGGUUUUAAAGAUCUCAAAGUUUUUAAUGAUGCGUUGUUAGGAAGGCAGGCAUGGAGACUAAUUCGUGAGCCUAACUCUCUUUUUGGUAGAGUGAUGAAAGCUAAAUAUUUCCCUAAUUGUGAUUUCUUGGAUGCCCUCUUGGUUAUUCAAGUAGUUAUUCAUGGAGUAGUAUUUGGAGUUCGAAAGCUCUUGUUAAAGAGGGAGUGGUGUGGAGAGUUGGGAAUGGGACCAAAUCAGAGUGUGGGAUGA